UUAUAUACCAUUUCGUAGAGAAUUGAAAGGCGAAUCUUUUGAUAUAAGAAUGAUCUCGAUCGACUUUGAGGAAGAGAAGGAAUUUCAAAAACACUGACAGUCUAAUUUAUUCUGCGCCACCCGUUAAAAUGAAGAGGACUCCGUAUGUGUUUUACUCUUUGGCAAAAAAGAAAUAAUCCGAUAAAAAUAUAUAUUUAAAUGACUGUGAGCCAUUCUUAUCGUUUAAUUGGUGUUUGUUUUCUGAUUAUCGCAAUUCACCAUCGCGGUCUGUCGCACAUUUGCUCUCUUCUUAUGAUGUACAUAGACGAUGAUACUUAUUUGGCUGCAUACACGUACAAAUCAUAUAGAUAGAAACAACGACUUAUUCAAAUAAAUACAUGGACAAAAUUGAAGAAAAACUUAAGAAGGAACAUUAGAAAUCAUCUUUAUCAUUAGAUACGCGAUUUUCAACUAAACCAAUAACUAUAGACAAUAAUCUUACACAAUUAUGUUUACAAUCAACAAAAUUAGAAUUAAUUGAUCAAAAUGAUAAUGAUAUCUAUAUACUUUGGUUAACAAAUGUAGAUGAAAAAGAAUUUGAAUCAUUAAAUAGAAUAAAUAUAAGAAUAUUUUAUUCUAAUGAUAAUAUUAUUGAUUUUAUUAUAUCAAAUAUUUUAUUAUUUUGGGAUGAUUUCCCAAAAAUUAUAUUGAUAUAUGUUUUAAUAAACGAACAAAGUAAUAAUACUCCAGCAGUGACAGAGUCACAAAGAUCAAUUCGUCAUAUUUUGAAUAAUAAAGAGAAACUUUUUCAAUUAAUUAUUGAAGACAUUGAUACAUGUACAGAAGAUUUAAUUUGUACUAGUGUAUUCAAUCUCCCAAACGCAGAAGAAUCAACAGUUCAAACAAAAAAUAAAUCUUUUAUGUGGUAUUAUUUAUUAAUUGAAAGUUUAUUUGAUUUAACUGUAUAUAAUAAAAGCACUACGAAUGAUUUAGUUGAAUAUUGUCGUCAACAAUAUUCAAUUAAUAAUAUUGAACAACAAAAGUCAAUAAGUCAAUAA